AUGAAUUCAAGGAGGUUCAAAUCUCGUAAAUCAAGAACCAAGGCCAAAAAACCCAAGUUCUUGAGCCUCCGUCUUCAACUUUCACCGGAUGAAACUAAAACACCAGAAAAAUCUAUAGAGAUUCCCACCUCCGAGGCCGUCACAGAUGCUUGCCACCAGCUAGACUUAUUCCCACCACACCCUGAAAAUUUGGUGGAAGAAAAGUAUACAUACACACAUGAUCAAGACAACGUUGCGUACUUCUUCUCCACCGGGGACAGCGGAGCCACCACCACUCUCACCGGUCUCCUCGACGCCUCCACCAUCACUACCUCUUCCUCCAACAACAAUAGCAUCAGCAUCACUAGUUUGUCGCCUUCAGCUCCGCUAACGUAUGCUUAUGGAGGACAGAACAGCGAGCUUGCACGGACGGCGUUGAGGAACAGGGAGAGAGAGCCCAGUGAAGAAAAGUGGGUGUAUUACUCGGAGGUUGUGGAGAGGAAGGUGAAGGAGGAGGAGGUUACUAGCAGCGCCGCCGAUCUACGGUGCAAAGAUACAGCGGACAAGACACAAAGGUUGUCUUUGAAGCUGGAUUAUGAGGAUAUUUUGAAUGCUUGGUCCGAUAAGGGUCCCCUUUACAUACAUGCAGAGACUCCACAAACUGUACCUGACAUUAACGAUGAGUUUUUUGGCCAAGAAACAUCCCAUGUAAGAUCCUUAACUCUUCUUUUGUACUUAAUUCCAUGA